UAAAUAGGGUUUCAGGCUUUUCUUUGACUACAAAGCACGAACGUAUGGGUCCAAUUGAGGAAAAAAAGGACUCCAAGUCGGCGUCUGUGGCAUCAUAUGGGAUUGUGCCUACAAAAAGUGUCGUUGACUUGCUGUUUUAA